ACAAGCUCCCGAAGAGCCUAAUAAAAGGAACUUGUUUAUUUUUGCCCUUUAUUGGUUAGGUUAUAUCUUUCGAUAAGAGUAAUUUUUAGGCUACCUAGCUAUGGCAUGCUAAAGAAGAGUUCAAGGAAACAUUUAGCAGUCUUUUGGAGCUUGUAUAGCGUUGUUUACUCUUUAAGUAUUUUACGUGCCUCAAAAUAAAAUACUUUUUAUUGACAUUUGUUUACAUUUUUGUUCGGGGUUUUACCUAAACUUUGUUUUAAGAAAAUUAUGUUGGUGUAGUUUGCCGAACAAUUGAAAAAAGUCUUUCUUAACGCGUGCACUUAAUUUUACGAAAUUAAUAUAGUUUUAUGAGCGUUUCUAGAUCGUGAUUAAGCAAAAGAAUAAACAUGAAACAACCUAAGCUUGCAAAAUUGUAUUGUUUAUGAAAGAAACUUCGUCAAGGAACUCGUGGUUCAUCAUGACGCGGGACUUCACCGCACUGUAAAUAAAUGUGCUUCUUUUAAAAUAUUUAUGUUUCAAACAGCACUCAAACAUAAAUAGAUGACUGGUGAAAGCUCUACAUAUCUAGAAUAUAUAUCGAUAAUAAAUAUAUAUGUUUAAUUAAAUAAAUGUGCUUCUUUUAAAAUAUUAUGUUUCAAACAGCACUCAAACAUAAAUAGAUGACUGGUGAAAGCUCUAUAUAUCUAGAAUAUAUAUCGAUAAUAAAUAUAUAUGUAUAAUUAAAUAAAUGUGUUUCUUUUAAAAUAUUAUGUUUCAAACAGCACUCAAACAUAAAUAGAUGACUGGUGAAAGCUCUAUAUAUCUAGAAUAUAUAUCGAUAAUAAAUAUAUAUGUAUAAUUAAAUAAAUGUGUUUCUUUUAAAUUAUUCAUAUUUCAAACAUUGUUUAAUACGUAGUCGCAGCAAACGUCCUCUGUUAUUAUUCACACCUUUUAUAUUGCUGCACAGUUUGCAACAAACGGUUCGUUAUUUGAACAUGACAAGCCUAAACUUUUGGUCAAAUUUUUUUGUUGCGAUUAACAUGGCAAAAUGGUAUAAUUGUAUCCAUUACGUAAAGUCACACGAAAGUAUGAAAUACAAGACGAUAACAGAGAUUUCUUCUUGUCCUUCACUGUUAACAUGCGUUCAAAAAUGUCGAUUGAAAAAUUUGGAUGUUGUUUAUAAGGACGGAAAAUGUUACUGCAUUAUUGUUGCUGGAAACACAGAUGGCAAAAAAAACGAGAAUAAAGAAAAAGCGGCAAAAGUUUAUUCCGCAGUAAAAGAUCCUUCCAGUUAUUUGGACAACGGACAUCAACCAGUCUCAAUUAAUCUGUCGCGUGGAAAACCAGCAAGACAAUCAAGCGUCUACAAUCACAGUUUCAUUCCAGACGCAUCACUUGGAGUGGAUGGAAACAAAAAUGGUGAUUUCGAAGUCAAAUCGUGUUUUCACACUAAUAAUGAAACAUACCCUUGGUGGGAAGUCAACCUCCUUCAAAAUGCUGUUAUAACAAAUGUUGUUCUAUAUCCUCGCACUGAAUGUUGCCACCUCAGAGCAAAUAAUUUGAAACUGCUUGUGAGGAUUGCUUACGAGGAUUCCUGGAAUUUGUGUGCGUCUAUUGAACAACUGGGUACUACACCACUUGAUCAAAAAUGCGGUCAACAUGUGGUUGGUGGUAUUUUUCGAAUUGUACAACAUAAUACAGAACCCUUUCAUUUGUGUGAAGUUGAGGUAUUCGGGUACUUUUUAUAAGUAACAAACUGCACGAAAUUAAACUUCACUUAGCUCUGUUAGGAAGUGGAUUUUUUUUUAUUAUUGUUCAUUAUUAAUUGAUUUAAAUUUUAAAAGCUCGAAAAUGUUAAUACCUUUUACUUGGUGAUUUUUUGCAAUUUAACCAUUGAAAUUACUAAAAAAAUGUAGAAAUAAUUAGAACAAAAAAUUCCACAGCUGUCGACAAAGACCGACCUAUCUUUUAGAGCAAUAAGUCGUAUGCAGAAAAUUCUAAUAAACAUUGAAGUACACUGUUUGCUAUGAUUUUUGAACAGUCUUUAACACUUUUUUAUGUUACAAUCUUUUCCUUUCUCGCCAUUGUCAUCAUCAUCACGAACGUGUUUGGUUUACACUUUUAUACAUUUCGCCGCGUUAAGAAUAUUAAAUCUUUGAUUAAUAAAUAUAUUUCAUAUUACCUUGCAAUCACAAACCAUAUUUCUUUUUGCUUUUUUACAAUAAUUGCUUUUAUCUGAUGGCAUGGUAAUUAGACUUCUUUUUAACUUUCCACAUCAUUUGAACAAAUAUUUUUUGUGACUUUUUCUAAAUUUUUAUAACUUGGCACGGUAAAAAAAGUCUUAGUUUAAUUUUUGCUUUUGCUUUUUGGGGUGGUUAGUUUGUUGACAGGGAGUAUAAUGAGAAGUUUUUUCUAAAAAAAUUUCAAAUGAAAUAAUUACUUUCUCCCCUUUAUUUGUUGUAAUUAUUAUUUAUUCAUUAUUUAGACUUAUUCCUAGCACGUCUAUUUUGCAGACCCGAAUAUGUGUAAUUUACAGACAAGAUUUUUUAAAUUAUUUAAAUACUGAUCACUAUUAAAUUCUCCUAACAUAAACAUUUUUUUUUCUUUUUUACAACUUUUUAAAAGAGGCAUGACCAUUUGCAAAAGAGUAUUAAGCAGCGUUUGCAUUAUAAGAUUUUAUUUGACAGAUUUAUCUGAUUCGACAAAAUCUGAUAUUGUUAACAGAAAAUAUAAAAGUUUUAUUGUCGCAAAUUUAUCGUGAGUACAAUUUAAAACGUUAAAAUAAUAUUUUCACUAUAUUGUUUUAGUAUCUAUAACUAUUAUUAAAGUUCGCCGAUUGUUUUCUCAUAUUUUAAAUGAUCAAAGCCCAUUUU